GGAGCAGUGAGGACUAGAUACCUGCUUGCCAUGGCCUGUGGGUCGGGGGAUCUUCAAGGCCUUCUUACAUCUCCACUUCCUUCUGCCAGAUUAGAUCAUCAGCCGUAUAUUGAAGGGCCCUGGGUCCGGGGCUGCGGUCAGACCAACAUAUCCUGCAGGAUGGUGAAGGGGAAGCUGGUAGAGGUAGGCAAGUGGCCGUGGCAGGUGAGCAUCUUGUUACUGGGCACGUACAUCUGCAGCGGCUCCCUCAUCCACCACCGGUGGGUCCUCACGGCUGCACACUGCUUUCAGAGAUCCAAGGACCCCAGCCAGUACUCUGUGAUGGUGGGAGUCCGUCAACUCCCAGAAAAUGGCACUCAGCUCCUGGUCACUCACAUCAUGAUUCAUGAGGAUUUCAACAAUUUCAUGUCUCAGAACAUUGCCCUCCUGAAGCUCAAGAACUUCGUCUCCUGGACUCCCCUCAUCCAGCCUGUCUGCCUCCCCAACGUCAAGUUCAGGUCAUCCAUUGGAAGCAUGUGCUGGGUAAUUGGCUGGGGAAAUACAGGACAAAAAGGUUGACUCUGGCAGCUCCCUCGUCUGCCAAAUGAACAAGACCUGGAUUCAGGUGGGAGUGAUGAGCUGGAGCUUUAGCUGCGGGCGGCGCCACUUCCCGGGCAUCUACACCAGCACUGCCCACUUCACCUCCUGGAUCAGGGCUCAGGUUUCUGACCUGAGGUUCGUCAGUAGGGCUGGCCCUUCCUUCCUGAGCCCAGUUAUCCUCACUGGCUACCUUCUGCUGGCCUCCUUGGGCUCCCUGUGCUCCUGUGAGUGGUGUUAAGGACAGCUGCUCCCAGAGGCUGCUUCUCCCUCCCCUGUGUUCUGCCCUUUGAAGUGCAGACCAGAGGUUGCACAGGAUGGCAGGGCAGAGUGGCCCCGGGGGAGGGUCCAAGAGCCGCUGUUAUUUUCUGUUGUUCAAUGAAGAUGCUUUUGAACUU